AUGCACCCCAGUCAGAUUUUGUUGAAGUCCGGGCGUUCAGCCUGGAAAGGACCUUAUUUUGUUCCAUUCCAUGACCUGCGAGAAGCUCUGACGAACCACAUUCCAAUCAAGACGCAGGCGCGUAAUUGCACCAUUCUACCUAACUUUGUUGGUGUACGGUUUCUGGUUCAUAAUGGGAGAGACUACGAACCAGUAUUGGUUACCCAGGACAUGGUUGGUCACAAGCUUGGAGAGUUUUCCUUUACGAAGAAGAGAUUUACAUUUAG